UCUGUUCCGGCAGUCCCGGGCCCUUGGCUCCUGGCGCUGGAGGAGCCCGGCGGCGCAGCUGACUGGGUCACUGCCUCAGGCGGGUCUGCUCCAGGGCGUGGAAGUUGGGGCUGGUUUGGAGCGAGGGGGGCGCAGGAGGCAGGUGUGGGCACAGACAGACGGGGAAGGGGGGGAGAAGAGAGGGCCGGCAACAGCUAGUGGUAGGAGGGGGCGAAAACCCCUCUGAGUGCCCGGGGUAGAGAGGAAAUCUGCUCCCCUUGCUUCGGAGAGCUCCGGGCUGGGGAGGGAGACAAGCCCGAAGGGCGGUAUCCGAGGAGCCCAGCGGGUGUCUCUCACACACACAGGGAAAACAAAACCCGUUAGAAACAAGAAGACAGCGGGGUGAGGCGAGUAACCUGCUGCAGCUCAGCUCAUCCACCGCGAAGACAAAUUGUAGCGGCCGCCGCUCGUGAAUGCACCGGGCUGGCGGGCCGCCUUCGCCACCCAAACAAACCCUCAGCAGCGCCGCGUGCGGCUCCCUCGCCGACUCCUGCCUUUCUGGUGCCCGGCAACCUCGCCUCCUCCGCGGCUCCCCAAGCCACCCGGCGUCACAGUGCCAUCCCAGGCACGAGAAAGUUGGGAGUGGAGUGAGCGUGGGGGCUGAAGAAGAGACUCCCCCUCCCCAGGACUGCGCGGGGAAGGUGGGAUUAAAGGCGGAAAAGGAGGAGAGGGAGGGUGGAAAACUGUUGAAUUUCUGGGUUUGCGCUAGCGACGCGUCUUGGUCAUCCUUGCAGAGGUGAAGAAGAAGCGGGGAAAGUAACUCGGGGAAGUGACCGGGAUUAUUUUUUAAUCCGAGAAGAGUCUUUUGAAAAGGAAAAGCAACAAUUUGCACGCCCUGAAGAGCGAGCUAGUGGGAAGCCUUGCACAGACACAUGCUGCUGGGCGAGCGGGCAGGAUCGUCCUCUUCCUCAAGUCAACAGGGUACUUACUACAUUUAAAAAAAAAGCACAUAGUAAACAGAGACGCGUCAUGCAACAGAAAAAAAGGAAGAUGGGAAUGAAGGAAAAAGGAAACUAAAAUCAGGAGGAGGCGGAGAAAACACAGUGACAGCAAAUUACUUCCAACAGAGAGUGUAUGUCUGCCGUGACCCGGGAUUUUAGGGGGUGCGCCCUUACGAAUCACCCCUUUAUCCAACCCAAGUCUCUCUUCUCCACUGACACAGGCUCCUCUGCUUGGUUGUAGGAGAGACGAAGGAAUAAGAGGAUUCGUUCAGCAGCGCCUGCGAUUUGCGGCUGCUGCUUCUUUGGAGAUUUGUUUUGUUCCUGGGGGAUGUUGGUUUCCAGACCUUGACUUGUGCAUGUUGCUCUUUUAAUUUGAUCGCAGAUUUUGGUCUGCUGGUUGCUUGUUUUGCAAGAGAAGGAAAGGGGAGCCUGGCUUCGGUGUUAAAAGUUGCAGUUAUUAUUUUGCAGCUAACAUGUGCACCAACAUAGUCUAUGAGUGGCUGAAGACCCUGCAGCUUUCCCAGUACGCGGAGUCCUUCGUAGAUAAUGGCUAUGAUGACCUGGAGGUUUGCAAGCAAAUAGGGGACCCAGACCUGGAUGCCAUUGGGGUGUUGGUGCCCCACCACAGGCGCCGAAUUCUUGAAGCAGUGAUGAGGUUGAAAGAAGAGGAUGAGACCGCUGCUGGUCUCUAUUUCACCUUGGAGCCUCAGCAGCAGCAGCAGGGCUCGCCCUCUCCCUCCCCAGAGAUCUACACUAGCCACCUGGUGGAGCAGUAUGAGGCUAAGGCUUGGAGGGAGACUAGCCCUCGCCAUCGUCAGGGGACCCCCAGGAGCCAGAAACUUGGGCCCCGCAACAGGGAGCUGGUGAUUUACCCAAAACUGAAACUGAAAAUCAUGAUUAGGGAUAAACUCAUCCGGGAUGGGAUCAACCUGAGCAAGCCCCCUUACUCCAACAAGGUCCUGAUCCCACAAGCUGAUCUGCAUAGAUGAACAGAUGCAUGGAGUCCUAUUAACUUCAAAGGAACUACACACAGGUGCAUUGCACGUUUUGGAGGACGUAACAGUUUUUGUGUUGCCUGAUUGACCAAGAGAGCUUUUAUUCCAAGCUGCUGGUGGGAACCCAGCUACAUAUGCCACCGAAGCAUUCAAACGUUUGGUGACUGAACAGCACGUCUACAAGUGGAAUAUGCUGGUGAGCUAUUGAGGCGGCCCUGAAGAAUACAGCCUUCCCUGAAAUGUGACCACAUAUCAGGAGUUCCUGCUACUGGAAAAGUUUGCAACUAGGAUUGGGUCAGAAUUCCGGAGGGAAUCAACAGGAUGCGGCAUUAGCAUCUACACAGCUUUUAGUGCCUUCCCAUGGCUUCCGAGACAGCAUGUUAGGACUGCAUGCAAACAAACACACACAACUCCAGUGCUACCCUGCUUCUCCCCCAGGCAAAUUUCUGGACUGAAUUCAAACCCCCAGUUAUAUUUGGGACUAAUAAUUUUGUCACCCAGAGUAUGCAUGAACUAUCUGUAAGAGAGAUCGACUACAUUUGAAAAUGGAGUACAGUUGAACCUCUUCCCCUCUUUUUCCCCCCUCCCCACAGUUCAGUCUUUUCAGGUGACUUGUGACAUGGUUGGGUUGGCACUGAAUGGUGUCUGUACCUGAAAAGUAAUAGAAGGUUCUUAUUUUAACAAACUGGAAUGAAAUAGCAAACAUUUAUGCCUUCCCAGUAAAAAUUCUGUUUUCCAUGUUUGUUUUACUAUUUGCAUUUCUCAGUCUCCAUUCAGAAUUCCAUGUGGUUGACAUACCAAGAUGCUGGUACACCUCUACCCUGAUAUAACGCGACCCGAUAUAACACGAAUUUGGAUAGAACGCGGUAAAGCAGCGCUCUGGGGUGGGCGGGGCUGCGCACUCCGGCGGAUCAAAGCAAGUUCGAUUUAACACAGUUUCACCUAUAACAUGGUAAGAAAUUUUGGCUCCCGAGGACAGCGUUAUAUCAGGGUAGAGGUGUAUUAGCAGCUACAUAUUGCUACCUGGGGCUUAUAAUAUUUUUUGCAUUGGUUCAUAGAGUGGAAAUCCUUCCUGUUCCUGUAUUAAUAAACUAAAAAAUGGAAACUUAA